UGGUGAAGCCUGAAAAAAGGGGAAAAAAUGGAAGCGCUUUAUCUUGUAGGCUCCAUUCUCAGUUCAUUCUUCACCUCUUUCAUUCUCUCCCUUAUCCUCCCCUUCCGAUGGCUUCUCCGUCGUAUUUUCUUCAGUUCCACCGCCCCUGCUACCGCCGGUUCCGGAAAAGGAGCAGAUUCGGUCACAUUAUACCAAGGUAUUGUUUGGCACCAGCGUAGGCGUCCCGUCCACCAUUCUUUCAGGUACGCUGUUCGGUAUGCCCUAAUUGACCUCGACCGCUCGCCUUCUCCUCCGUCUGAUCAUCUCUCCGCCGUUGAUGCUCGCCGAGUUGCUGGUACCUCUGGACCCGUAUAUCUCCUGACAAUUCCAACUAGUGUGGGUUAUGUACAAAAUCCGUUGAGUUUGUAUUAUUGCUACGAAAUCGAAAACUCUGCACAGCACCUGAAGAAGUGCAUAGCGGAGGUAACAAAUACGCCAUGGGGUGAGAGGGUCUCAUUUGUUUUCAAUCCGAAUUUUGAUGUAGUAGCUAAGCCGUUGCAUGUCAGCCCUUUUAUGGACAUGCUUGGGAAUUGGAGUAUCAAAGCAAGUGCUCCUGGUGAUAAUUUAUAUGUUGCAAUCUCAGUUCAGCACCCUGAACUUGGUGACUACUUUUCUGCCACGUUGAAACUUAAAAGAGUGUCCCCAUCUUUUGGAUCUGAUCACUCGAGUUUUUUUUAUCUGAUGCCGCAUAAAGUCGCAAUAUGGAUAUAUUGGCAUGCUUUCAAGCUAUGGUGGAAAGGUGUCCAAUUUCUUCAACAUCCAAGGUAUACUAACCCUUCAUACAAGGCAGAUGCUACAAUCCGUGAUCAACAACUUCAAUGCUGCAAGGGGAUUGGAUCGAACGGAAAUAAUCAUCCAGAAUUGAAAAUAGAGAAUGAAAUAGAUCUUAGUGACAGAAAGAAUGCAGAUCGUGAGUUCUUUUGGACGAAUGCCAAGUGGCCUUGGUCUUAAUACUACUGCAGGUAUAAAAUUUGAUAUAGUUUCUUUCAAUGGGAGAAGGUAGACAUAUGAAGAGAUUAAAAUAGCAAAAUUCUAAUUUAACGAUUUAUUAUUUUAUAAAACCUUCAUUGAUAUUUAUUAAUUUGGAACAUACUUUAUAAUUUCAGAAAACCAGACAUGAGAACCAAAACAAUAUGAGGAAUUACUAGUUCAUUAGGGGUGGCAA